UUAAUUUCCUAAUAAAAAAAAAAAAAUAGAGACUAGAUUUCUAACUUGGUCGAGCUCUGCUCGCUCGUCGAAACACGUUUCACCCACCACGCGCUUCGAGCUCCCCUUCUUCCCCCUCCAAAGAAAAAGAGCUUUAAAAAGUUAGUUUUUAUCCACCUCCUCCAAACCUCUAAUCAAAUCCAAAUCCUCAAUUUUCAUCUCCCUCACCCUCACUCUUCCUCUCUCCUCCCACCACUCGGCGGCAACUCCAGGUCCUUGAACUGGGUAAAUGGUUUACUGUUUGACGUAGAUGAAAUGGUUUUGGUGACCCAUCAUACACAGAGUUAUUGUGCUGCAGUUCCUCUAAGAACUUUAUCGUGGAGCAAAGGAAUAAGGUUAAGGCAAAAUAUUGUCCGAUUUCAAACGAUUUUACAAACUGAUAGGUGUAUCUCACUAAAGCAUGCUUUUCCUUUGAGGCCAGUACUGAAAUGUGUGCGUGAAGCUAACAGAAAAUCAUUACAAAUUUCAUCCUUCAAAGGAAAUAUCCAAAAUGAGAAAACAGAAGAUGCGUCAAAUAAACCAACAUCACCUAAAAGCUCAGUCAAAGUCUCUUUCCUCCCACAAGAAAGGGAGGAAAACCUAACAGAGUCUCUCGCAGCCCAGGAUACGCCACUACCUUGUGCGUCUGAACCAAACAAUACAAUAUCGCAAUAUCAGUCUAUACAUGGAUUGUUCUCAAAAUGGUUGAGUCUUCUGCAAACAGGAGCAGCAGCCGAAGCUGGAAAUGAUAUCUUGGAAAGGCCACCUCAAUUAGACCAUCUGCCAGAACAAAAAGCAACCAAGUCUAAGGAAAGAGGUCAGAUUCUAAAGUUGGUUAUGUGCUACUUUCUGGGGCUGGAUGCAACAAUAACGGUUCCACUACUAAUAUUCAUUCCUCUCUACCUAGCUGUGAAUGUCAAGUAUGGCGGCCAAGUUUCACGAGAAUUGACUCCCUUGUGGAUCGUAGGUCCCCUGAUUGUAGCUCUUUAUGUUAAGCUGCUUCGGGGGAUUUUCGCUCUAUAUGUUUUCUCCUUCAAGCAAUCGGUUAAGGUGGUAAAAAACCUGCCAACAUACUACUCAAUAGCAUGCAACUACUUAGCUGAAGGUAAGCUUCAAGCUCAAUUUUGGCAACCAUUUAUCAAUGUAAAAGGCAUGGACCACAAAGAGCUGUCAACAAGCAAAUGGAAGGUAGUUCAAGAGUGGAUGUAUGAGAAGUACCUUGAUUUCGUGGAAUCGAUCUGGCCACACUAUUGCAGAACAAUAAGGUUUUUGAAGAGAGCUAAUCUUAUGUAAUACUUAUAUGGUUGUACCAAUGGGUAAGUGUUCUGGUUCGAAGGGAUUGGGCUAAAUUCAGACGAUUGUGAAUAUGAGGUGCAUCUCCUAGUGAACCUACCAUCUUCCGGCUCUCAUUCUCUUUCAUCUUGUUGUGCGUCUUCUGCAGUACACUGAGGAUCUUAGGCGAAGUUUAAUGUACCCCUUUGUUAUUAAUAUUUAUUUUUAGAGGUUUAUGUUCUAAAUUUUUUUGCGCCUUCAUAUUGUGGAGGAUUUCAUUUUGACUUUAGCCAUCAGUAUCAGUAAUUCACUCCUAUGGAGCUCAAAAAUCACCCCCUAAGAUAUUUGAAUGAGCAAAGCUUGGUUUAUGUUUCA